UAAAUAACACAAAUAACUUUAUCUAUAAAUACACAAUUACUCAAUACCAAUUUAUAAUUAUAACAUUUAGGAACUAUGCGACUUAGUUUCAGAAGUGCACAAUGAGUAUUUGGGAUGGGCAAUAUGCGAUGCAUAACGCAAUGACAAUGAAUUCUGUAAUGCCAUCUGUUUUGGUUCCACACAAUUUUAUGGUACAAGAAAACAAUACAAUGAAUUCUAAUAUGAAGCCACCUUUACCAAUGAUUGGUCCAGUACUUCCUGUUAACCAAGUAGAAACAGCUAGUGUACCCAUUACACAAGCAGAAGUUCAGUGUGUGGAAGCUGAAAGCAGCACACAAAAUACAAAUCUAAAGUCCAAAGAACAUGAUCAAGGAAGUAGAGACAAAAGGGACAGGAGAGAUCGUAACAGAGACCGCAGACAUAGAUCAAGAUCUCAUGAUCGUAAUGAGAGACAUGGUAGGGGCGAUAGAUAUGAUAAGAGAAGACAUACUAAUUGGGAUAGUGACAGAGAAAGAUCCACUUUGAGGCCAGAAAUACCGGUCAUGCCUUGCAUGCCAAUGGGAAACAUGAUGAUGCCAGGUGCAAUGAUGUCAUAUAAUAAUAUGCUCCCUAACAUUAUGCCACAACAGCAAAUGGAUGUUCAAAUGCAUAUGAUGCCUGGCAUGAAUGUAAUGCCAAAUAUGAUAGACCAAAAUAUGAUGAUGAACCAAUCAAUGGCAAUGCCUAACCAGAUAAUAUUUUCAUCUGGAAUAUUACUCCCACCUAUUCCCGGUACAUCAGUGCCAUCUAGGCGUGAACGUCCGAAAGGUUGUCGUACUGUAGUUGUUGGCGGUCUACCAAUUGGUGUCACUACAGAUGUAGUGAUGGAGAUUUUCAAACGAUUCGGAGAGAUAUACGUCAAUUCGCCACGGCAUGGUAUCUUUCAUGUUCGUUUCGUGUCAUCUGAUGUAAUGGAACAAGCGUUCUAUUUAACUGGAUAUCGUUUCAAAUUUCACGAUCAAUCAGACAAUGAGGCUACUGCAAUUUUUAUUGAUUAUGCCAUGAAUAGAGAAGAUGAAGCUGAAUAUGAGAAAGAUUGUGAACAAACACCUCUCCGUGUGGAGCAAUUCACAUCAACAGCACUGACAGCUAUCACAGACAAGAUUAAAAGUGAAGAGGAAUUUGCCACUUCUGCCCCGACUCUGGCUGCGUGGUUACAACGUGGAGAAUGCAAUAAAAGGAAUGCACAUAUAUUCUAUUCUCUGAUACAAGUGAGCAAUAAUCAACUUAGAAGAUUGUUCAAUGAAAAAAUGCAACUUGAUGAGGAAUUUCAGAAUUUAAAGUCUUCCUUCAAAGAAAGGUUCGCACGUAUUGUUAUGCAAUUCGAGCUGGUUGCAAAAAUUCUAACAGCGGCGAAACAUCAGCGAGUCUCCGACCACUUCACUAAGCAGCAGCGACGCAAUGUCGAAAUGUGGCUGAAAAUGACUGAGGAAGUAGAAAAUAUAAAAGAAGAGUUUAAAACUGUUUUUGAGGAUGAUGAAGGGGAAAGAGCUAACUCAGGCAAACCUAUGGUUACCCAAGAAAAAUACGAUGAAUUGAAGGUUGAGAAUGAAAAUCUGUCAUACGAAUUGGAGGGUUACAAAAAUGAAGCAUUCUUGGCCAAAGACGAAGCAGAAAGGAAAUUUGAAAAGUUUAAAGCGCACUUUAUAGCCCAACAAGCGAUGCAGAAUCAAAAGUUGUACCCUCCACUACCGAAUUAUAGACCUGAUACUAUGCAGGAAGUAUCCAAGACUUUAUCACCUCCACCCACAACAGAUGACAAUAAAGUGAUCACCUCACCACCUUCGGUACCACCAACAGACGCGAAGCUCAUCAGCAUUCUUACAGCGUUCCUUAUGGUGCAUCCACUCGGCGCUACCAUAGAUUAUCUCGUCUCAUACGUUAGGUCUAUGGCACCUAAUGUUACUCAAGGGACUGUACUACAAAUUCUACAAAAAUAUACUGAUGUAUUCGAAUGCAAGAGGUCCGGAAUCGGUGCAACCAUAGAGCACAGAUGGAGUUUUAUUACAUUUGAUAUUAUGAAAAAGGACCGUUAAAUAA